GACAGUUGCUGUCAAAACUUGAAGAUUUUGAUAUCAAACCAUGAUUAUAAAUAUUAUUUUAUGGAUUCAAUUCGAAAUAUAUUUUAAAAUUCUCAUCUAUAAUACAUAAAAAUCGCCAAAUUUUUAUUUAUUAAUAUAAAAUAUAAUGUUGGAAAUAGAAUCUUUGAAUUGUAAAGACACUGUACAGGGAUCAAAAACUUCUUUCUUGACAACGCUUUUAAAAACAGAAAAUUUGGACAAUAAUCUCAUUAAGAUAAUUUAUGAGUUUAUAUUAAAUCACGGGUUUGAGAGCACUGCAAAAUCUUUAAUUAAUGAAGCUAAAAGUUUGGGAUUUAAAUUUCUUGACGAUUGUUUUAUUAAAAAUGAAAUAAUUUCGGAGGAAAUAUGCGUCAAUAUUUUAGAACAAUUUAAUGGAGGAAAUUGGAAAAAGUUUUUUAAGUUAUGGGAUGAUUUUGUUCCUGAAAAUAUAAAAUCGACUAUGGAAUAUAAAAUACUAACGUUGAAAUUAAGAGUUCACUUUGCUUUUUUGCCGGUUCGCUCAAAAAUAUCAUCUAAAAAAUCCGAUGAUUUAAAUAAUUCUGAAGACAGUUUCGACAGCGAUCCCGAUGUUGAAACUGCUCACGACUCACAGAGAGAAGCUAGUAUGAAUCAAUUAAAGAAAUAUUUGUUAACAAUUGAUGCGGUGGAUUAUAAUUCUUGUAUUGAACUUUUUGGUUUACCGUAUUUGGAAGAUCCAAUGACUGAUCCAACAGUUUCUGAUAUUUUUACACAAAAUUGGGUCGAUGAACUUACUAUUAAUCUUAAAAUAUUUCUCGUUAAACACGGAGAGAUAGUCCAACCAGAUGAAAAUUAUAAAUCAUCGCCGAAAAAUUCCACGACAUCGACAAUAAUUACUACAGAAUCGAUGAAUAAAGAACAAUUGGAAUUAUAUGAAAAGAAUUUACAAAUUCUCAAUUCUUUCGAUUUAGAUUCUGUUGAUGAAAGAAAUAAAAAUAUAGAAGAAAAAAUGGAAAAUGAUAUUUUGCGAUUUAGUCGAACAUCGACAGAAGAUUUGGGAAACAAUAAAAAAAGAAUUAUUGUCAAUGAUCAAAAUAUACCGUUUUUCAUUGAAGAACUCGAUUUGAAUAGAGAAUUUUUCUAUUCACAGAAAAUGGAAGUAAAAAUUCAGUCUACACAAACAAGAAUUCAAGGAAUUAAAAGUCCGUCGACUUUAUUAGCGAUAGACGAAUUAUCUUAUCCGAUAAAGGUAUUGGAUCCUGAAAAUUUGUUAAAAAGUCCAAAAUCAUCGAUGAAAAAAUAUGAGGAACAAUUAAUUUACACGAUGACACGUUACCAAAAUGUUCACGGCAAUUAUCAAAAGUUAAAAAUACGUUUUCAUAAAUUACACUCGGAUCAUCAAAAAUUAUUGCAUGUCACUGAUCAAUUAACACAAGCUCUUGAAAAUUCAUUGAGUGGAAAUCCAGUAGAUAUGUUACAAGUCCUUGAAACUUGUUUUACAAUUUUUCCUGAUGUAUUUCAAAAAAAUCUUAAAGCCGACUCGAAUGAUGAGGUAUUUAAAUCAGAAGACGAACUUCAAACGAAUCAAAUAAAGAUAAAUCAUUGUUUCGAUGUGACAGUACUUUCUCCUAAAUCGAUCGAUUUCAGGAAAAUUAAAUUUCACCUCUCUUGUGGAAAUUUAAAGACUAAACUUUUACUUCUUCAGGCAUUGAGAUGGAAAAUUACUUUUAGUCAACAAGGCGAAAGGGAUGAGGUACUUCAUGAAUAUAUAAAUAACGAUUUAUUGGCAAUUCGUGGAAAUAUUGCUGGCAAUAGUGUAAAAGCAAUUUUGCCAAAUAUUUUAUAUUCUGUCGAGGGUUCAAUUAAUAUUUUACAACAAUCAGCAGCGAGAUUAUUGAAUACUAUCGCUUCACUGAGAUGUGGUCGAGAUUAUUUGUCAAUUGGAACUAUAACAUUAAAUGCAGUAAUUGAAUGUCUAAAUGGUAGAAACGAUUCAUUUCCUGAUGCAUUCACUUAUGAUAUGUUACUGGCAAUGUUGCAAAAAUUAUCUUUGAGAAAAUCGCAAAGAAUUAAUAUGAUUGAGACUGGUUUAGUUGAAUGGUUGAUACAUCAUUUGAAAAUUGAAGUUUGUAAAAUGAGUCCCUAUAGAUUUAAAUAUGUCACAGCUCUAUUGAUGAAUUUAUCUUUGCAAAUUAAAGCACGUGCUCAAGUUUCAGCUUCUUUGGUACUUCCUACAUUAAUGGAUUUACUUCUCACUGAGAAUCAAACUGCGUUACCCUAUAUUAGUAAAGCUCUAAGUAAUUUUUUAUUAAAUCAACAAAUUAAUGAAGAAGGCAAGAGAAUGGGACUUGAAUCAUAUUUAAAAUAUUAUCGAAAACGUGUUUCGGACGAAACAAGGCAUUAUUUGGAUUAUCUUAUCAGAGUUCAUAAUCGAGAAGAGAAAAUUGAAGAAAUUGAUGUUGGUGAUAAUGAUGAUGACGAUUGUGAUUUCAUCGAAGAUGAAUUGGAUGAAGAUGAUCCAAUUCAAAAUGAAAUUGGAGAUCUUGCUGGUGAAAUGCUUUUGGCUUCUUAUUAUAUUUCUGCAAAAUCCAGUGAAUUAGAUAAACCGAAUUCUGAUUUUAAAUUACAUAAAAUUCAUCAACAUCGAGAGAUAAUUCCCAGAUUUUCGAACGAGAUAAAUCAGAUUCAACUGAAACCCGUUAAUACAAUCCCAUUAUUAGAUGACACAAAUUUUGCCGAUUUACUUCGAAGUGAAUCCCAAAUUGAGGGAGAAGAAUUUCCUCAAGAAUUUUUAUCAAAUCAAAGAAAUGUGAAUUUAAUCACCUCAUCGGAAAACCUUAAAUUGAAAAAUUCGAGUAUUACAUCUUAUAUUUCACCAGUGAAGACACUGUAUAAACCACAAAAUCUUUCAAUUAAUUCUGAAUUAUCACAAUUAAAUCCAAAUUUUCAAAGAAAUUUUAAAAAUAAUUCCGAAAGAAGUUCGACAUCAAAAGAAAAUUCAACUUCUGUUACAUCAAAUAGUUCCAAGAAUACUAAUCAAUCAAGCAUUAAAACAAAUUCUGAUUAUGAGAUUAAUAUGACUAAUGAAACAUAUUCCGAAAUUUCCAAAGAAAGCAGUAAGAUGAAUAUAACUUCAUCAUCGAGUUUUCCAUCUGCUUCUGAAAGUUUACAAGAAGGUCGAAAUGAUCAAAGCAGCAUUGCAUCAGUAGAAGUGUCUGCAAUAAAAAAAGAAGAGGAAGAAGAAGCUUUUCACGCAAAACCGAAAAUACAAAGAACACCACCUCAGUCGGCAAAAUUGAAAAGUUUACGUGAAUUAAAUCAAUCGUAAUUGUAGGAUAAUAUACCGUUUUUUUUUUUGCUCAGAAUUAUUUACGAUACACCCAAGAAAGCUGAAAAAGGAUUGCUGCUGCCUCCUCCUCCUCCUCCUCUGGUUAUAAAACGACUGUUAGAAUAAGGACUUGAUCCACCGGCAAAACUUGGAGAAUAGGAAAAAC